ACUGCGUUGAUCAGUCUUUAUUCAUACUUGUUAAUACAUCUGCUAGAAAUAUUUUUCCUUACAAUUUUAAAAAGUAUUUUGUGAGAGAAACUUUGGUUUCGAAGAUGUUUGCUGUAAUCUUUGCAAUUGCGCUUGCGAAUGCAUAUGCAGCCGAAAUUCCCUCCUAUAUUAAUGUUUGUGGCCGCAAGAAUCCAAAUAUCAAUCAAUGCAUCCUAGAUAAUAUGAACAAUUUGAAAGAUAGAAUUUGCAAUGGACUUACGGAUUUGGGCCUUCCACCGCUUGAGCCCCUCAAUAUUGAAAGAUUAGUCAUUUCUGACGUGUCCAACAACAAAAUAUAUAUAAAUGAUGUACAGAUAACAGGACUUUGUGAUUUUAACAUCAAAUCUUUCAAAGUAGAUCUUGACAAGCUUGAUUUUAUCAUUGAUAUUUCACUAAACCGAAUUUAUUUGAACGGCACGUAUGAUAUCAACGUACAUAUACUGGUGCCCCUUGUUCAUAAGGCACCUAUUUAUCUUACUUCAGAUAACGUAGGCGUUAAGAUACAUCUACUCGCGGAAACUGCAAAUAAAGGGGACAAAAAACAUAUGUAUGUAUCGGAAAUGAAGACAAACGUUCAUAUCACUAGAUAUGAAGCUAAAUACGGUUUCAACGAAAAUGAUCUAAGCCAAUUAGGUCAAAUUCUUGGCGGUCUCAUAGGCAGCAAUCAAGAGGAAUUUAUUCAAAGAUUAGUACCGACAUUAGAAGAAGAGGUUUCUAAAUGGUUGAUCAAUAUUUUUAACAGCUUAUUUAAAAUGUUCUCUUACGAUGAACUUUUCCCAGAUCGAGAAUAAAUCAUCUAGUACUUUAA